AUGAAGGCUCUGCUCGACAACGAAGGUCUGCCGGACUGGUACGAGGAGGAGUACGACCGCCUAGCCAGAACGGGCAGGAGGGUCGUCGCUCUCGCGCAUCGAUCACUCGGACCGUCGAAGUCGAAAGGGGCAAAGGCCGCCUUGACGUCGCUGUCCCGAGCAGAGGUGGAAAAGGAAGGUUCCCUGGUUUUCGACGGCUUCCUGUCGUUCCACUGCAAGACCAGAGCCGACAGCAAACGGGUGAUCCGAGACCUGCGACGCGCGGGCGGCUGUUCGGUGACCAUCGUUACAGGAGACUCGGUUAUGACGGCCUGCCACGUCGCCAGCGAGGUGGGGCUAGUCGGUGAGAUCGAGGCGGCCGCGGGGUGUGCCGAACCGUCACCAUCCACGUCAUUACCAACAUCAGCCAAGAAGAAAGCUGGAGGCAAGGAAGUCAAGACGACGAAGGCCGAAGGCGGGGGCGAGGAAGAGGAGACCAGAAGAAGUGAUGAGAAGGGGAAGACUCCCCUGCUGCUGACGGUAGUGCCUACGGACCACGGGGAGGAACUCCGCUGGGCCCCUUUGCACCCGCGCGCCCCCAACACCGACCAAGCAAUAGGGGCCGAGGCACAAGACUCCCACGAGGAACCUGCGACGGACGCCGAAGAGGCAGCAGCAGCAUCAGGCGGAGGGGAAGGGCUGGACGGAGACCGUGAGGAGGGCAUCGAGUUUAGCUGGGGAGGCAUGGAAGGGUUGGCGGCGACCCACGACCUCUGCGCCACCGGACCGGCCUUCGCCCUCGCCAUCGGCGAGGAGGACCCGGCCAUGGGAAGCGCCAUACAUCACUUCCGCGUGCUGGCGCGGAUGACCCCCGGACUCAAGGAGGAGCUGGCGACCUUGCUUAUGGAGGCCGGAAAAACCGUGCUUAUGUGCGGGGAUGGGUCGAACGACGUCGGAGCCCUCCGACGGUCCCACGUGGGACUCGCCCUCCUCAGCGGAUUCGGUGACGCUAAUACCGACGAGAGCAAGAGCGAGGCACCGUUGUUGACCUCCGAUUCCGAUGGUGGGGCAACGACCGACAAGAGCAAGGAUGAAACCGUCAAGAGCGGCGGCGGUGGCGCCCGGGCCGGGGCGCUGGAGGGAAAGAACGCCGCGGAGAUUUUGAAGGAAGAGCGAGAGAAGGUCCAGGCCGACAUCACGGAGGAGUUCGACCGGCUGCGCAGCGAGGGCGUCAACCCCGCCAAGGCCAUGUGGAAAGCCUCCUCGGCAGCCAACAAGAAGCGGAGCAUGAGGGACAUCCAGCGGAAGAAAGCCUCGCACGGUGAUUUCGCCGCAUCGGCGGUGGCCAUGCUCAAGGACGCCGAUUCGGACGGACCGGAGGGUGCCGACGGGGUGGUGAAAACCGGGGAUGCUUCCCUCGCAGCCCCGUUUACCUCGAAGAAGCCCAGUAUCGUAGCCGUGGUGGACGUUGUGCGCCAAGGAAGGUGCACGCUGGCGGCCGUGCUUCACACCUACCAGAUGGUGGCUCUGCACGCUCUCUUCAGCUCGUAUACCAGCUCUGUGCUGUACCUCAUGAAAGUCAGGUGGCCGCAGCGACCGCUGGUCGUGAGCUCGUUGAUGUUCGCGCCGCUGAGCGUCGCCCUAGCCUGCCCGGAGACACCGGAAGACAUGUCCCCGAUACGCCCGCCGAGCUCCGUCUUUCACAAGUCGACCUUCUUGUCCCUCUUGGGGCAAGCGGGUAUUCACGUGGGCAGCAUGGCGUUUGCCGUCUGGGCGGCCAACGCGCACUCCCCCUCGGAGUCCCCGCCGGUGGCCGAAGUGAAGGGUUUGCUUGGCCCCAAGUUUGUGCCGAACCUGGUUAGCAACGCCGUCUUCCUGCUGGCUACUAUCCAGAGCAUUUCGGUAUCGAUCGUAAACUUCAAGGGGCGUCCAUUCAUGGCAGGCAUCUUGGAAAACUCCGCUAUUUUCUUGCCGGCGGUCUCGAUCGUGGCCUUCUGCUUCGCCCUGGUUCUGGAGAUCGUCCCACCUAUCAACGCGGUGCUGGAACUGAAACCAUUCCCCAGCAUUGCUGCGAAGCUCUCCAUUCUGGCUUCGAUGCUUGUGUCGCUGCUGGCUCCGCUGGCGGUGGACCGAUUGUGCGUCAAGCUCUUCGACCCGGAGCUGCACAAGGCUAGGAAGGCCGGCCCUCCGCUGGGAAUGGUGGAGAAACGCAACCUCGCACUUCUGGGCGCGCUCCUGCUCGUGGUGGCCGUGUCUGUGAGCGGCAUGGACUUCGAGGCCCUAGAGGAGGCCUUUGAAGCUUUAUAGGCACGGAAGUCAUGGAAGGCACUUGUUUCCUUGAGCAAAGCAACGAGCGAAACAAUCAAGAAUGUCACCGUUUCGUCGUCAAACCCUCACUUGUACAGGAGAACCUUCAAUAGGAACCUUGCCAGAGAGCCGAG